AUGACCGGCGCCGGCGGCGCGACAAUGACCGCGGUGGUUGUCCUCGCCGCGCUAGCGGCGUUGGCCGCGGCGGGGACGGGGAGAGCUCGAGGCGCCGAGGAAGAGAGGGGCAACAGGACGGCGGGCCGCCGCAGGGAGGUCACGUACGAUGGCAGGGCGCUGAUCCUGGACGGCGCCAGGAGGAUGCUCUUCUCCGGCGACAUGCACUACCCUCGGAGCACCCCUGAGAUGUGGCCGGACCUCAUAGCAAAAGCCAAGAAAGGUGGCCUUGAUGUCAUCCAAACAUAUGUCUUCUGGAACGCUCAUGAACCUGUUCAGGGCCAGUAUAACUUCAAGGGAAGAUAUGAUCUGGUGAAAUUCAUCAGAGAAAUCCAUGCUCAAGGCCUCUAUGUAAGUCUCAGACUUGGUCCCUUCGUCGAGUCGGAGUGGAAAUACGGAGGCUUACCAUUUUGGUUACGUGGCAUCCCAAACAUUACCUUCAGAUGUGACAAUGAAGCCUUCAAGAGGCAUAUGCAAAAUUUUGUAACAAAAAUAGUAAACCUGAUGAAGGAUGAAAGACUAUUCUACCCACAAGGAGGCCCCAUAAUCAUGUCACAGAUUGAGAAUGAAUAUAAGCUGGUCGAGGCUGCAUUCCAUUCAAAAGGGCCACCUUAUGUUCGCUGGGCAGCGGCAAUGGCAGUAAAUCUGCAGACAGGUGUUCCCUGGAUGAUGUGUAAGCAGGAUGAUGCCCCAGAUCCAAUUAUCAACACCUGCAAUGGGCUCAUCUGUGGGGAAACAUUUCUAGGGCCAAAUUCGCCGAACAAGCCAGCUCUAUGGACAGAAAACUGGACAUCUCGCUAUCCUGUAUAUGGUCAGGAUCGAAGAUAUAGAUCAGCAGCAGACCUUGCAUUUGCAGUAGCACUGUUUAUAGUGAGAAAGAAAGGAAGCUUUGUAAACUAUUACAUGUACCAUGGUGGAACAAACUUUGGAAGGUUUGCAUCUUCCUAUGUAACAACAAGCUAUUAUGAUGGAGCUCCUCUAGAUGAAUAUGGAUUAAUAUGGCAACCCACAUGGGCUCAUCUCAGAGAACUGCAUGCUGCAGUAAAGCAGUCUGCAGAGCCAUUACUUUGGGGAGCAUAUUCUAAUCAUUCAUUUGGUCAACAGCAAGAGGGGCACGUUUUUGCAACAGAGUCCGAGUGUGUGGCUUUCCUGGUAAAUUUUGACAAGCAUAAGAUAUCAACCAUUCAAUUUGGUGAAGAGAAUGCUUGUCAUCGAAAAAUUUUAUGGCAGAUAAAUGCUCAAUAUGGUUUAAGAACAGCACAGGUAGUGCAGUCUAUAAAUCAUGUUGAUAGGUGGAAAUGUUUUAAAGAACCAAUUCCUACGGUACCAAGCAAAAUGUCACAUGUAGGAAACCAGCUUUAUGAGCACCUCUCAACUACAAAAGAUGAAACAGAUUAUCUCUGGUACCUCGCCAUGUACACAACUACAAACGAAAUGGGAAUCGACAGAAGUGUGCACGGGAGUCAUGAUAAACCUGGCAAUAUUGUUCUUAAGGCGCCUAUUUCACUAAGGGAAGGACGAAAUUCCAUAUCAUUGCUAUGCGUCAUGGUUGGAUCACCGGUUGGCUUAUCUGGAGAAACAAAUAAAAUCUACACAUCUGAAGGAUCAUCUCGUGCAGAAUGGAGUGCGAUUGACAAGUCCAUGCAUCUGCCACUUAUCUGGUAUAAGACAACAUUUGACACACCAUGGGGUAAUGACCCUGUGACACUGAACAUGAGCAGUAUGGGAAAGGGUGAAGUGUGGAUCAAUGGAGAGAGCAUUGGGCGGUACUGGGUCUCCUUCAAAACUCCAAGUGGAAAACCUUCGCAAUCCCUGUACCAUAUACCACGAUAUUUUCUGAAGACCGGAGAGAAUCUCCUUGUCAUCAUGGAGGAAAUUGGUGGCGACCCACUACAAAUAACAGUGAACACAAUGUCCGUUACCAGAAUCUAUAGUAGCGUCAGCGAGUUAUCUACCCCAUCUCUCUUGUCACGUGAAAAACAUCCAGCAAUUCACCUCAGGUGCCAGAGAGGCAAACACAUAACAGAUAUUGAGUUUGCAAGCUAUGGAAACUCCCAUGAAAACUGCAUAGAGUCUGGACAGAACUGCCAUGGAAGUUGCCAUGCAGAAAUGUCGGAAUUUGUCGUGAAGAAUGUAAACUUCUCCACCUCAAAAGCUACAUGCUAAUGCCACAUUGCGUGAAUGCACUAUAAUAUUGAUGACAAAUAUGCUACCACAAAGCACGAAUGUCUAACAACAGAACCACUUGUUCUUUCAGGCUUGCCUAGGCAGAAGGAAGUGCGUCGUUCCAGUACGGGCACCCAAGUUUGGAGGGGACCCAUGCCCCGGAAUCGAAAAAUCCCUUUCUGUUGUGGCGAUAUGUGGAUGAAGAUAAGGGAAACACUUCACUCAUGAUGUGAAUAAUCAGCAUUGCAUUUUUGUUUGCAAAAUAUCGUCACAAAGACUAUGAUUUGUACAGAAAUUAAAGAUAGUUAUAGAAAAAAUUCUGUAGCAGCCAUUCAAAGAUUUGGGGGUAAAUUACUAAAAGGAGUAGGAUUAGUGAAGGAACGCACCACUUCAAUGCGAAAAGAUUGUUGGAUUCGAUGGAAAGACAGCUCAUUGUCCUGCCAUUUUUCCGCACUAAAUUCCAUCACAUGCAGGCUCUGAUGAGAUUUGAGGAAAGCAAUCCAACUACACGCAAUGCAGUUUCUGCUUAAUGCGUGAAGGCUAAAUGAUGGAUCUGGACUACCUGCUGG